UCUCAGAAUGACAGUAUGCAGAAGUGAGCAGAGCUUGUUCAUUGUACGGGCUUAUUCUACCUUCUAUGCUACAAAGCAGCUUCCUAGCCGGAUCGGGUACUAAGUAAGGGAACUGCUGUGCUAUGGAAUACAGACGUGUGAAUUCAGAUAGCUAAAUGGUGCUUGGAGGAAUCUAACAUGCUUUCCUAUAAAGAGAAAUUUUAAAAGCCAGGUUCCUAACUAUAAAGAUGCAAAAACGUAAUAUCCAUGAAGAUCCUAUUACCUAGGAAGAAUUUGACAUUCUGCUGCGAAUGCUGUGUUGGGAUUGAUUUAUUCUUGGAGUGUUCUGCAUGGCUGGCAAAGAAUAAUGUUCCAAAAUCGGUCCAUCUCCCAAGGGGUCCAAUUUUUCUUCCUGGGUGUCAGCGAGCCCUGACUCACUACAGUGCAGCUGACAGGGGCUGCCAUGCUUGUGGCACACUAAGCAAAAAACAAAAGACCUAAGGACGACCUUUGAACAACACAAAGGAUGGGUUUCAAUGUAAUUAGGCUACUGAGCGGAUCAGCUGUAGCUCUGGUAAUAGCCCCUACUGUAUUACUGACAAUGCUUUCUUCUGCUGAACGAGGAUGCCCUAAGGGCUGUAGGUGUGAAGGCAAAAUGGUAUAUUGUGAAUCUCAGAAAUUGCAGGAGAUUCCCUCAAGUAUAUCUGCUGGUUGUUUAGGUUUGUCCCUUCGAUAUAACAGCCUCCAAAAACUAAAAUACAAUCAAUUUAAAGGUCUUAAUCAACUCACCUGGCUCUAUUUAGACCAUAACCACAUCAGCAAUAUUGACGAAAAUGCUUUCAGUGGAAUACGCAGACUAAAAGAGUUGAUCUUGAGUUCCAACAGAAUCUCCUAUUUUCUUAAUAAUACCUUCAGACCUGUGACAAAUCUCCGGAAUUUGGAUCUGUCAUACAAUCAGCUGCAGUCUCUGGGAUCUGAACAGUUCAGGGGCUUAAGGAAGCUGCUGAGUUUACAUUUGCGGUCCAAUUCCCUAAGAACCAUUCCUGUUCGAAUAUUUCAAGAUUGUAGGAACCUUGAACUGUUGGACCUGGGUUAUAAUCGCAUCCGAAGUUUAGCGAGGAAUGUGUUUGCAGGCAUGAUCAGACUUAAAGAGCUUCAUCUGGAGCACAAUCAAUUUUCUAAGCUCAACCUGGCACUUUUUCCAAGGCUAGUCAGCCUUCAAAACCUUUAUUUACAGUGGAAUAAAAUCAGUGUUAUAGGACAAACUAUGUCCUGGACCUGGAGCUCAUUACAAAGACUUGAUUUAUCUGGUAAUGAAAUAGAAGCUUUCAGUGGACCUAGUGUUUUUCAGUGUGUGCCCAAUUUACAGCGCCUCAACCUGGAUUCAAACAAGCUCACAUUUAUUGGUCAAGAAAUUUUGGAUUCUUGGAUAUCCCUCAAUGACAUCAGCCUUGCUGGGAAUAUAUGGGAAUGCAGCAGAAACAUUUGCUCUCUGGUAAACUGGCUUAAAAGUUUUAAAGGGCUGAGGGAAAAUACAAUUAUUUGUGCCAGCCCCAAAGAGCUGCAAGGGGUGAAUGUUAUUGAUGCAGUGAAAAACUACAGCAUCUGUGGCAAAAGUACCACGGAAAGGUUUGAAUUAGCACGAGCUCUCCCAAAGCCAACGUUUAAACCAAAACUCACCAGGCCUAAACAUGACAGCAAGCCCCCUCUGCCCCCAACUAUUGGAGCCACUGAAUCAAGCUCCGAACCUGAGCACGACACAGAACACAUCUCCUUCCAUAAAAUCAUAGCUGGCAGCGUGGCCCUUUUCUUGUCUGUGCUUGUGAUCCUGCUGGUAAUCUAUGUGUCAUGGAAGCGUUACCCAGCCAGUAUGAAGCAGCUGCAGCAGCGCUCUCUCAUGCGAAGGCACAGGAAAAAGAAAAGACAGUCACUGAAGCAAAUGACUCCGAGCACACAGGAAUUUUAUGUAGAUUACAAACCUACCAACACUGAAACCAGUGAGAUGCUGCUGAAUGGAACAGGACCCUGCACGUAUAACAAAUCAGGCUCCAGGGAAUGUGAGAUACCACUGUCUAUGAAUGUGUCAACAUUUCUUGCCUAUGAUCAGCCCACGAUAAGUUACUGUGGAGUCCAUCAUGAACUGCUUGCUCACAAGCCCUAUGACUCGAAUAACCAGGAAGAAACAGUGGAAACACACCUAGAAACUGAUUUGGAUCUGAGCACAAUAACGACAACAGCACGAAUCAAGGAACACAGUCAGCAGCUGGCUUAACUGUGCGGGGUUUCUUGUCGUUUUUUUUUCCUGUAGCAGAGGCUGCAACCAAAUUCUAUGUAACAUUAUGGACAGAAGUGAGAAGACAUAAUAUUAUGGAUUCUAGGAUCCCUGUUCAAAUUAAAAAUGAAUCACAAAGAUUAAUUGUUUCAAGUCUACAAUUUGUAAUUAGUUAAGUUGUGCAGUAUUUUUUUGACUUCAGAGUAUGACCCUUAAAGUGAAUCUUUUUCAAAACUCAUCCUACCUACCUGUAUAAACUGUACAGAUGUAAUGUAUUUUUCAUAUUGUAAAGUUUCAAAUACCAAGAACAGCUGGUAUGUACAGUACCAUAAUUUAAUUACAUCUUACAAGUUUCAGUUUCUAAAGUUUCAAAUUAACAAAAGUUAUUUCUUGUGUUAUUAAGUUACUCUGUUUUGUAGGGAUCAUUUUGUUACUGCUUUUGUGCCCAGAAACUUUAAUCAAAAAUUCUGUCCUUUGCAGAAUAUGCACCGUUUUUAUCGUGUUUAAUGUGUAGAAUUUUAUCUACUGGUUCGAGAAGUAAUGCAUUAACCAAAAAGAGGGUGUAACUAUUCAGACUUCUAAGAAAUUCUUGAAAUACAUAGCCAAGUUUUCCUAUAAGUGAAAAUCAAAACAAAAUUUACCAAUUCUCAAAGUUACCUGUUGCCUUGAAAUACAGCCUGAUUUCUAAAUCAGAAAAAUGUAAUGACAAACAUAUAUAUUUUAACAACAAUGUUUAUGUAUGAAACUGUCAGCCAACACUGACAUUUUGUGAAGCCUCACUGUUCUGCAAGACAAUAUGGACCUGACAUGUCAAUAGGCAGCUAGCUGCCUGUAUAAAAUCUGCUGUGAAACUAUAGCCUGUCAAAUCAGACAUUUGUAUUUCUACUUAAACACAAAUGAGCCCAAAACUUACUUCUAUCAAAGACAGCUGCUGACAGAGUGGCAACAGAAACAAGCCCUCAGAGUUAUACUACUUCCAGAAUGUUAUUCAAAAGUAAGAAAUCUCUGCUGAAAAAUAUAGUCAUUCGGACCAAAUGCUAAAGAUUAUUAAUCCUUUAACAUUAUGAUACAUCAGGCUAAGGAAAAAAACCCCAAACCUUUAAAUACAAAACAAAAAAAUGUAGUAUUAAGUUUGUAACAAUUACUACAUUACUUAUUUGUCUACCAUUUAAUAUCUGGAUUGAAGCAUUCUUAUAUCCCAUUCUUUGUUUUUAAAUCUUCAAGACUUCUCAAUACUGUAUGAGAACAACUUUUAUAAUACUACCCUCAUGUUGUAAUCAAAAAGGAUUACAGAAAUUAGAAACAUAUUAUAUCAUGCUGACUCGGUGAAAUAGAAAAGGGGACACAAACCUUCCAAAAUAUAGGAGAAAAAAGUUUCAUAUGGUGAAGCAACUUUUUUAUAAUAAAGAGGAAUUAUAUAACCACAAAUCUAUUUUUCUGAAUGUUUAUCCCACCGUAUUUUCGUGUAGCUUCAAAGCGGAAGAUUGAAAUUUAAAAUUACAGUUCAAUUGUUUGUACAAAAUAUAUAGCAAAUAUAAUGAAAAAUAGCUUCAAAAUAUUGUUAACAAAUGAAUCUGCAUUCACUAUCUUUUAAGUGGAAACAAAAGUGUCAAAACAGAAUACAUUGUAUUGGUUAUUUAUUUAGCAUCUUAGAUUUUGUAACAUAUUUUGCAUAAAUUAUUUGCUAUUCAAAACAUUACUUGUCUUUCUAAGACUCAUCUUAAAACCUCCACACUGCAGUUUCUUAUUUCUUUACUACAUGGUUUCUUGAAUUUCUGGUCAUCUUUUACAGUGCUGGAA